ACAUACGCUCACAUACGUACCGUUAAUUAGUACAGCCACAUCGUCGCCGUCGGCCGGAGUAAUUAAACUCUUUUAGGACUGGGAACUACCGUCGGCCCAAUUCGCUACGGAACACCGUCUCUUCUCAUAAGUAAUCGCGCGGUAUAUGUAUUGUCCCGCAGUGUACUGUAGUCCACCACUAAUCGACGUCUAAACGUACUACUGGUACUUACCUAGACUGGUCCAGGAUGCAGUGUCAUUCAGGGCACACUACUAAGUACUAGCGCGCUGCUUGACAUCUCCGUCACCGUACGCGUGGUCCGACAUCCAACUCGGACGCCUUCCGCUGUCAUCGCAAGUACUAGUGCACCGCGUCGAUCGCGCGUGCUGCAUGGCUAAAUGGCUCCCCCCGACCCUCCUCCUCCAUCCGAGGACGCAGGCAAAGGUUACUCCAAGCGCACUGCACGACACCACCAUGCGCGCACAUCAAAUAAGUACGACUCAUCAAUCGCUGAGGGCGCUGUUGGGCUCUGAUGGCAAAUGCCAGUUUGUUCGACAGCUGUACGACAGCGGGUCAAAGGCUCGCUCGCCUGGGCCAUGCGCAGCACUGCAGCCUGCAUGCCUGGGACGUCGCCACCAUGGGCUGGCUGGCGCACGUAGAAGGCGCUGGGAAUGAGGAUAAAAAGGGCCCCCUUC